AUGAUUCAAGCGUGCGGUCCAUCACCAACCCCGGGGACGGGAGCGGUGGGAUCACUGGUAGGAGAGCAAGGAGAAGAUGGAAUUGAUGGAAGUCCAGGAGACCCAGGACCUAAAGGUGAUCCUGGUCCGAAAGGAAAUCGCGGGAUGCAGGGGCCGCGAGGGCAAGAGGGUCCUCCAGGUCCAAAAGGAAUUGUGGGGCCGCCAGGAAUGAAAGGUUCUUUAGGACCACAAGGGGCAGAAGGAGCAGCAGGAGGGAGAUAA